UAUCAGUAGGGCAGCGCUCUUCCCGGCACAUGCAGCGCGCACAUGCAGCGUGGCUUUACAGAACGCAUACCACAGUCGAAUAAGCGCAUCAAAGUCCCCCCAGCUCCAGAUCCUCGCCAAUGAAAACGCACAAAGGCGUGAAGGAGAAAGGGGGACAGAAAAAGACUCCGUGAGAUACAAAGAGAGAGCCGAAUCCCACACAUACAGACACAACAGAAGUUGGGGCAGGCGGAGAGGCUGUCACAUUUCCUACUCACCUACAAACGUGAUUGAUGUGGGUGUUUGUAUCAGUGGGUGUGUAUGUCAUGCUUGCCACUCUCUCACUGCGCCUGGAUGUGCUGACUCCUCUUUCUUGGAAUUCAUGAACAUCGCCUAAUCUUCGCUCGUGCAACAACACGCGUGCUCGACCCUGGUGAUGCAGUAUCCAGAGCGCAGAAGGCACUCAGAUACCUUUGAGGAGAACAACCAGUAAGAUCUCCACCUGUGAGAGAACUCUCAGGUUACCACAGUCUACUGGAGGAGCCUGACGCGCACUGGACGCAUUUUUCCAACGUUUUAUGGAACAGGGGUUGUCGGCAAAGAUCAUUUCUGAUUUUCUCUACUGAACUCCCAAGACUUUUACUUAGUUUUUCUGAAGUCAUCCUUCAAGGUUCAUCCAAAUAUCAAACUCCAAAAAGCGAAAUGGAUAACAGUCCUGGCGGAGGUGGGGUCAUCCUGUAUGCUGGGUCUUCUGGCAGUGCAAGUCCAAGCCCUGGCAGCCCCUCCAGUGGGUACCAGACCCAGUCGCCCUCCUCGCACUCCCAACCCUCAUCUCCAGAAGAGGUUACCUUUACAGAGAUUGGCGCCCUGAAAAAGGGCAGGACAUCUGGAUGCAACACUCCUUCUUCCAAACUGGUGUUCCAGUUUCCGGAGGUCUACAGCAGUCCUUCAGCAGCAACUACUCCGCAGCAUUCCUAUGCACACCCCAUCGCAGCAAAGAAGCCCUGCGGCUUUGCGGGAACUUUCACAAAGACAGGAGGAAUGGUCCUGCUUUGCAAGGUCUGUGGUGACAUUGCAUCUGGUUUCCACUAUGGAGUGCAUGCCUGUGAGGGCUGCAAGGGCUUUUUCCGCCGCAGCAUCCAGCAGAACAUAAACUACAAGAUGUGUGUGAAGAAUGAGAACUGUUUGAUUAUGCGGAUGAACCGUAACCGGUGCCAGCACUGCCGUUUCAAGAAAUGCUUGGCUGUUGGAAUGUCAAGAGAUGCUGUGCGUUUCGGUCGCAUUCCUAAAAGAGAGAAGCAGCGUCUCCUGGAUGAGAUGCAAAGCUACUUGAACAGCCUGAAUGAGUCCGCUGCCAUGGACGUGGAGUCACCAGUGAGGGACAGCCCCACCAGCACAGAUGAUUGCAACUCAAAAGAGGCCAUUGGGGCCAUCUCCAGAGCCUACCACGACAUCUUUACGAGCAGCAGCAGCAUCUGCGAGAGAUCAACCAGCACAACCAACAUCAGCACAAACAAAAACAACAACACAAAUUCUUUUUCUCAGGAUGGCAAUUUUGCCCAAGUCUCAUGUAAUCCCACUCCUGCUCAUGAUUACUGCCCUGUUGCCCGUGCAAGCACAUGCUCCACUGCCUCUCAGGACAACCAACCAGUGAGUCAGAAUGUGGACAACAACCACUAUUCGUAUUCAGCGUCAACACAUCAGAAUCAUGGCCAGGCCAACUACAUGGUACAUCAAAGGGGAAGUUCCAUAGAUAAUAGUUAUGCGAAUACAGGAAACAUCCAGAACCAUCCAUCCUGCCCAUGGAAGUUGCCUCCAGGAGCUAAAGUCCUGGCCUGUCCUCUCAAUGCGUGCCCUGUAUCAGGAGCAGAGCGUACCAGCCAGGAGAUUUGGGAGUCCUUCUCCCAGUGCUUCACCCCAGCUGUCAAGGAAGUGGUGGAGUUUGCUAAAGGCAUCCCUGGUUUCCAAGAACUUAGCCAACAGGACCAAGUUUUGCUGCUCAAGUCUGGCACCUUCCAGGUUCUCAUGGUGAGGUUUUGCACGUUGUUCAACGCUCAAGAGCGCACUGUAACCUUCUUGAACGGCCAAACUUACCCUCUGUCCACCUUACGGGCUUUGGGUAUGGGUUCCCUCCUAGAUGCUAUGUUUGAAUUUAGUGAGAAGUUGGGUUCCCUGGGGCUGGAGCCUGAUGAGAUGGCCCUCUUCAUGGCAGUGGUGCUGGUGUCUGCAGACCGCUCUGGAAUCUCAGACAUGGAAGCUGUGGAGCAGCUGCAGGAGGGUCUGAUCCGAGCUCUCAGGUCACUCAUCACCCGUCGUCGUCCAGAUGACUCUGCCAUCUUCCCCAAACUCCUCCUUCGCUUGCCAGACCUGCGAACCCUAAACAACCUGCACUCUGACAAACUGUUGGCUUUUCGCAUAGAUCCAUGAAGAGUGAGGUCAUCCAUGGAAAGCAUUCAAGCAAACUGCGCACUGAUGAGACUUUAUCUUCAAAGAGCAGGACUUCCUUUAACAUUGAUGAACAAGGACUUGUGCAAUCAAAGGAUUCGUUUUUGAGAGGGAAAAUCAAAGGAACUGAAGAUCUUUUUGACUUAUGUUCGUCAUAUGUUGUUUUGAAGAAACAAUAAGUAGAAAAUACUCAGUAAAACUCAUGCACAUUUAUAAACCUCAGCACUUCCUGCAAGACAUCAAGCGCACACCAUGUUUCUGAAGAAAUUGACAUUUCCAGCUAACAAACUGUUCAUUUGCUUACCUCAUGGAAUUAAAUGUAAACAAAAUCAAAGUUAAAUAAAAUCAAGUGAAAAUCUAUAUAUUCCAUAAAAAAUUCAUUAUCAUCCCAAUUUGAUGCUGUAAGCAGGUCAUGGAGAAACAUUACUUUGGGACCAUUCAUGAUAACAACGUCAACUUCUUUUGAAGAAAAAGGGAACCUGUAUAUAAUAAGUAGUGAAAUAUUAAGCCACUUAAUGUGUCACAAUCAUACCAUCUCCAUUGGGACAAGAGCUAGACUGGUAUUUUAUCGUGUCAGGGUGUGUUCAGUCACUCAUUCAUUUUAUAAUGGUACUACCAACAUUCGAUGUACCUGGUUUUAAUAUAACAACUUCACAAAUCAGUGGCAACUUUCUAAUUCAUGAAAACAUUGUGCGUGUGUUACUGUAUUGUGUCUCCUUUGGAUUAACGGCAUGCACUUAUUUAAGGGGGACUUUAAAGUUUAUUUUUUGUUGCUGUAAAUAUUAUUUUACCCAAAUGUCUAUGUAUGAUUUGCUGAAGAGAUUUAAUGGAUCAGACAUACUGUUUGAGUUUAGUAAAAUGAAGAAUGUACAGCCCUCUCUAUACUAGAGAGGGUCUGGCUAUGCCAAGGGGGUCUUUCCAUUACAGAAUGUGUAGUAGGGAUUUUCAGAUGGCUUAUAUACACACUUCUUGCAGUUAGAUAAAGUAACUGACCAGCAUAAUCCUUGAAAUCACCAGCACUUGGUUCACACACACCCUUCCUGAGCCCUCAAUGUUUGUCAUACAAACUCAAGAGAUAUCUUUCGGUGGGAGAUCGAUUGAAUUGGUGCUCUCACUGUAAGCUUGUUUGAUUGUUUUUGAUUGAGCACAUAUUGUACAUUUUGUAUUUUGUUCCUUCCUAAUUGAAAUAAUAUAACAAUAUAAAGGCAAAAUGAAAAAUU